AAAGCUGAUUUCAUUGCCCAAUCGAAUACGACUGCCAGACGACGGAACGCCAAAAUAUCCCCCACCCCACCCUUUGUUCAUCCUGUCCAAGCUUGUUUAGCCGAUCAACUACCGAGGUAAUCCAGCCAGAAGUUGAAGAAAUUUAUAUACGUGCAUACGAAUUUUGGUGGUAUUUGGAUUCCAAGUAUGAACUUUUCCAGGAUCGGGACUUCGUUAACUCGAUCGUCGCGUUCCAGAAAUGUGAUUAAUGGGGCGACUAAUGGGAGGCUCGUGUUGUGGAGGAGUAAGGGGAAUUUUGGGGCUUCUGAUGUGAAUGGUUUGAACUGUGUUGAUAAUUUGUUUGACGGGAAAUUAGGGUUUCUGAGGGCUUAUUUAUCCGCUGUUCGAGCUAGUAAGGGAUCAAUUCCCAAGGUUAAUUUAUCGGAAAUUAAAUACUAUGGGGUAAACUCCAGAAUUGGUAGAUUGUUCUCCACUGAGGCGCCGAAGAAGAAGAAGAAUUAUCAGAAUUUUUAUCCAAAAGAGAAGAAGGAAAUUCCAAAGCAGAAUGAGCAAAAAUCGAAACCCAAAGAGGAAGGAAACACAAACGAUCCGAUCUAUUACAAAACUUCAUUUGUAUUAAAUUGGCAAAAUGUACUCACGCCAAUACUGAUGAUUGGGUUGCUCCUUACAAUGUCAACCAAGCCAAGUGAAGAGAAACAGAUUAGUUUUCAAGAAUUCAGAAACAAGCUUCUCGAACCAGGUCUAGUGGAUCACAUUGUUAUCUCUAAUAAAUCUGUUGCUAAAGUAUAUGUAAGAAGCACUCCACAGACUCACAGUGAUCAUAGUCCGGCUGAAGGAGGAUCUGAAUUUGUACCACCAGUGGGCAGCACAGAUGCAAAAGUAAAAAAUAGCCAAUAUAAAUAUUAUUUCAAUAUUGGAAGUAUUGAAUCGUUUGAAGAGAAGUUGGAAGAAGCCCAGGAAGCAUUGGGGAUAGAUCCGCAUGAUUUUGUGCCUGUUACUUAUGUUUCAGAAAUGGCAUGGUUCCAAGAGUUGAUCAGAUUUGCUCCCACUCUUUUGCUAUUGGGAUCCCUUUUCUACAUGGGACGUAAAAUGCAAGGUGGACUUGGUGUUGGAGGAACUGGUGGGAAAGGUGCCCGAGGCAUAUUCAAUAUUGGAAAAGCUCACAUUACGAAGUUGGACAAAAAUGCUAAAGAUAAGGUUUUCUUCAAGGAUGUUGCGGGUUGUGAUGAAGCAAAGCAGGAGAUUAUGGAGUUUGUUCAUUUCCUAAAGAAUCCUAAGAAAUAUGAGGAACUAGGAGCCAAAAUCCCUAAGGGAGCUCUGUUGGUUGGGCCUCCUGGAACUGGAAAAACACUACUGGCCAAAGCAACUGCUGGAGAAUCUGGUGUACCCUUUUUAUCCAUAUCUGGUUCUGACUUCAUGGAAAUGUUUGUCGGAGUAGGGCCUUCUCGAGUUCGAAACUUAUUUCAAGAGGCUAGGCAAUGUGCCCCUAGCAUCAUAUUUAUUGAUGAGAUUGAUGCGAUUGGUCGAGCAAGAGGUCGUGGUGGGUUUUCCGGUUCCAAUGAUGAGCGUGAAAGCACUCUGAAUCAGUUACUUGUAGAAAUGGAUGGAUUUGGCACUACUUCUGGUGUGGUUGUUCUUGCUGGUACAAAUAGACCUGAUAUUUUAGACAAAGCAUUGUUGAGGCCAGGACGAUUUGACCGCCAAAUUAGCAUAGACAAGCCGGAUAUCAAAGGCCGUGACCAGAUAUUUCAGAUUUAUUUGAAGAAGAUUAAACUUGAUCAUGAGCCAUCAUACUAUUCUCAGAGACUAGCAGCCCUAACUCCUGGAUUUGCUGGUGCGGAUAUUGCAAAUGUUUGCAAUGAAGCUGCUCUAAUUGCCGCUAGGGGUGAGGAUUCACAAGUUAAGAUGGAACAUUUUGAUGCUGCUAUAGACAGGAUAAUCGGUGGCCUUGAGAAGAAAAAUAAGGUUAUAAGUAAGCUUGAACGCCGGACUGUAGCUUUUCAUGAAUCAGGCCAUGCUGUGGUCGGGUGGUUUCUAGAACAUGCAGAACCCUUGCUGAAAGUCACUAUCGUUCCCCGUGGAACUGCAGCGCUAGGAUUUGCGCAGUAUGUUCCAAACGAAAACCUACUCAUGACAAAGGAGCAGCUUUUCGAUAUGACUUGCAUGACUCUAGGUGGCCGCGCUGCUGAACAGGUAUUGCUGGGAAAAAUAUCGACCGGAGCUCAGAACGAUCUAGAAAAAGUGACGAGAAUGACAUACGCCCAAGUGGCUGUUUACGGGUUCAGUGACAAAGUGGGUCUUCUCUCGUUCCCUCCCAGAGACGACGGAUUCGAGAUGAGCAAGCCCUACAGCAACAAGACAGCAGCCAUCAUCGAUGGCGAAGUCCGGGAAUGGGUGAAUAAGGCGUACACUCGCACACUGGAAUUAAUCGAGGAGCGCAAAGAGCAAGUGGCUGAGAUCGCUAAGCUGUUGCUGGAAAAGGAAACUAUUCACCAAGAUGACAUGAUCCGGGUGCUGGGAGAGCGUCCAUUCAAAUCGGGCGAAACGACGCAUUAUGAUAUAUUCAAGAAAGGAUUCCAGGAAGACGAUAUAAAGAGCGCGUCGCAGGAGGAUGACCGGCCCUCGACGCCUCUGGAGCCUCAGGUAGUUCCCACAUGAUACUAAUACUAAUGAUAAUAGUAAUUGUUAGUAUUAUCUAUAAUAAGAUUUGUUUUUUUAUUUUUUCGAAUGGAAUGUAAGAUGAUAAUUAUUAUCUAUGGAAAGUAUGGUUCCUGAAUAUUCAAGCUGUAAUGAUUUGAUUU